CAUUAACAAGUCAGUCUUCAAACCACUCGUCUGCACAAUGAAGCUUUCCUCCGCUGUCGUUCUUCUCUCCGUCUUUGCUCUUCCUGCUUUUGCAACGCAGGUCGAAGUGACCUACGACAACUUCUAUGAUAAUUCGGCCACUUCCCUCUCCAAUGUCGCUUGCUCUAACGGUGUCAAUGGCCUGUUGACAAAAGGCUACACCACUUUCGGCUCUCUUCCGUCUUUCCCCAACAUUGGGGGUAUUCCCAACCUCACUUGGAAUUCAACUCUGUGUGGUACCUGCUGGAACUUGCAGUACACCACUCCUACUGGGACACAUGAGAGCAUCUACAUCACCGCUGUCGAUGCAGCGUAUACAUUCAAUCUGUCCCUUGAGGCAUUUAACGAGUUGACGGACAACACUGGUGUCGCUGCGGGCAAGGUCACUGCUACCGCCACACAGGUAGCCGAAAGCUUCUGUGGCAUGUAAUGACAGCAAGUAUGUCACAUCACCAGAAUGUCUUGAAGUUUGAUGAAUUAUUGGGUUACACUAUGGAACUUUCGUCUCAUCGUCUUGCUUCCUCUGUCUCUGCUGUUAUAUACUUGAUCUUCGGUUUUCAUUUGAAGUACAGUUGUCCACAGUACUUACCGUUCAUUGUGGUUGGUUGGCCGGACUUGCAUUAACUUGAUUGUCUAUAAAUGGAAAUUUGUCUUGAUCGUCAUGAUGCAUGAUGGGCGUCAUCGACGCCUGCGAGGAUAAGUUAAUUAGGAGCUCUAGGACAGGGGGUUGACAAUUUCUCUUCGUUGCCAC